AUGGCUCAGUCCUGGUACAACGCCAUCCAGGCCGGAGCUGGCAGCCUGUUACAGCGAGUGAAGGAGGGGAUGAGGAGCCUGCUGCCCCAUAUGGACGUCAAACAUGUGGGCUGGAUCACGGAGCAGAUGAGCCAGGGUCCAGAGAAGCCAGUGCUGGCCGUCCUGACCGACAGAGACCUGCUGCUCUACUCCUCACUGCCGGAGGCCAAAGAGAGUCUCAACAAUCCCUCCAAGAGCUACCCCCUCAUCACAACCAGACUGGUGCACUCGGGUCCAGGAAAGUCCUCUCCUCUGCUGGACUCGGAGCUCUCUUUCGGGGUGCGCUCGGGGACCAAGCAGGGCGUGGAGACCCAUGUGUUUAGAGUGGACUCGGCCAAAGACCUGUCGCUGUGGACCCACCUGCUGGUAGAGGGCUGUCACAACGCCGCAGAGCUGGUCAAAGAGGUCUCCACAGCUUGCAGCUGGAAUGGGAAAGAGUGUACUCUGUGCGUCCACAUCGACGAGGGCUUCACCCUCUUCACGGAGGAGAUGGGAGUGAGGAAGAGCGUCCUGCUGCAGCAGCCCUUCGAGCGCCUCAAGAUGUCCUCCGACGACGGCGUGCGCAUGAUGUUCCUCGACUUUGGAGGCUCCGAGGCCGAAAUACAAUUGGACCUCCACAGUUGCCCCAAAACUCUAGUCUUCAUCAUCCACUCUUUCCUGUCAGCUAAAGUCAGACGACUGGGGCUGCUAGCAUGA